AUGUACCAGAAGUAUGGAAAAAGACCAGAGAAUAUUUGGAGGUUGUCCUCGGACCACCGCAUAGAAGAGCUUAAGCAUGAUGAGCCCCAAGAAGCUACUCAAGAUGGCAAGGAAGUGGGAAAUAUUAACCGCUUCAAGCAGAAAAGAAUUGCCCUUGCUGGAGCUAGAGAGGAGCCAAAUUCUGCCUCAUCAGUGACAGAAAAGGGUCACUUUGUCAUCUACACGGCCGACGGAAGCCGUUUCAUGGUUCCUUUGCAAUGUCUUAGCAGCAAGAUCUUUCAAGAGCUGUUCAAAAUGUCCAAAGAAGAGUUUGGUUUGUCGAGUGAUGGUCCAGUUACCAUGCCCUGUGAUGCAGCGUCUAUGGAGUACAUACUAUCUCUUGUCCAAAGACGCAUUGCCAAAGACAUAGAAAAAGCUUUGCUCAACUUCAUUGCAUUCUCUCAAUGCUCGGCUGCAUCUUUGGAUAACGAAUGUGCGGAAGGAGUUCUAGUUUGUGGUCAGUAA